CUUGAACAAUGUUCAACGGGUCAUAUAGUUUGCAUCCGAAACCGGCUCUUGCCCAAUUUGGUAUAGCAGACCAACCGGAAAAGUGCAGAGCUUUUGCUCACAGACAUAAGUCGAACUGUGAGAGAGCGGAUUUUAUCCUCAUGGCAAUCUCACAGCCUCUUUCUUCAUCUAUGGAAGCUGUUUCGAGCGCCAGUUUCUAUCCGAGAUUCACAGGAAAGCCUUGUACUUCUCAAUAUAUCAAAACGCCUACUGUCUGGCUUGGUAGUAAGAUUCUAAAAUCCAGUUUAACUCCAGCACGCAGCAUCUCGCCUUCACUCCGCCUCUCUCGAGUUGCGGCACUUCCUUCUGAAGAACUGAAUGGUGGAGACGGAAACACCGAAGAACAAAUUCUUCGUCUGAAUAGCGAAAUUGGAUUUGGAUUAGCUCCUGAAGCUGUUCAUUUGUCUCGGGGUAAAUUCGACGGGAAACAGCCAAGCGAAAUUAAAGAAGAGAGGAUAGCAGAAGUGGUAACGCACUCAGGGGGCGGCACAAGAGCCGGGCUAUUUAGAACACCGAUAUCAGGAGGAGUGCAAAGCGCAACCUCUGCUCAUGAUUUACCGAAACCGGCAUUAGCUGUUCGAAAUUUACUGGAACAGGCUAGGUUUGCUCAUUUGUGCACAGUCAUGUCCCAGAUGCAUCAUAGGCGAGAGGGUUAUCCAUUUGGUUCACUUGUAGAUUUUGCACCAGAUGGCAUGGGGCAUCCAUUAUUUUCAUUUUCUCCAUUAGCUAUUCACACUAGGAAUUUGUUAGCUGAUCCAAGAUGCUCGAUGGUUGUGCAGAUUCCCGGAUGGAGUGGUUUGUCAAAUGCAAGGGUAACAAUACUUGGUGAUGUGUAUCCUCUCACAGAAGAUCAACAGGGGUGGGCUCAUAAACAGUACAUAGCAAAGCAUCAGCAAGGUCCUUCACAACAGUGGGGAAACUUUUAUUACUUUAGGAUGCAAAAUAUAAGUGACAUAUACUUCAUUGGAGGGUUUGGAACAGUUGCUUGGGUUGAUGUCAAGGAAUAUGAAACCCUUAAGCCAGACAAAAUUGCUGUCAAUGGGGGUGAACAUAACCUGAAGGAACUAAAUGUCCUCUUCUCAAAACCCCUAAAGGAUCUUCUGUCACGUGAAACGGAGGUGGAUGAUGUUGCUCUGAUAUCUAUAGACAGUAAGGGCACUGAUAUUCGUGUCCGGCAAGGCGCACAGUUCAACAUUCAGAGGAUGCCGUUUGAAGAAGGGCAUUCAGUUGAAACACUUGAAGAAGCCAAAGCAGCACUUAGGAAAAUAAUAAACAAAGGCAAAGUUCACAAUUUGCAUAAAUGAAGUUUCCGUAAGGAGGUGGCGCUUAUAUAUGAAGGCAUGAAGCUAGGUUUAGAAAAGUCAUGUAACAUUAUUAAAUUUGGGAAUUCGCUAGGGAGCGUGAAAGCUGAAACAUCAGGAAAAAUUUGCACAAGGGGCAAACUGAAUACAAUUGGAGUCUUGUGUGAGGCCACUUAUUCCCUUGUUAUUUUCCCUUCACAAAUACUUAUUGUCUGGAACCCAGAAAAGUUAGAGAAAGAAAAUGAGUGUGAAGGUGUUGUUUUGAGGCCUGGGGGAGGGCUUAAAGAUGCACAAAUGCUAUUGUCACCUCAAUUUGUACCCAUUUUGUACCCCCUCCUUAUAUUUGUGGUUCACAAAAGCACUUCAUUAAAAUAGAUCAAUUCAUUUAAUGUGUUGAGCUUUUGUGAACCACAAAUAUAGGAAAGAGGUACAAAUGAGGUACGAAAUAUGGUACCUCUAGCAAAACUCGUUAAAGAUAUGUAUACCAAGGAAGAAAUUACUAGAUUUGUCAAGUUUUCCG